AUCGAUAGUGCCAUCGAUAUUUUCAGACCACUAGUUGAAACACAUGUGUUUAUUUUUGAUAGCAUUUUUAUUCAACAAUCUCAGGAAACUUAAAAAUUUAUACUUUGAAAGUUCCAUUUAGCUGAGGAACAUACAAUGGAAGUUGAAAAUAUAAAAAACGACGAUUUUUUGCCGCCAUCAGGGUUGAAAAAGGCAACUAAACGAUCUGCAGAUUAUAAUGAAACAAUGCAGGUUGAUGAAGAGUCCCCGCUGCAGGAGACAAAACAAAGGAUUCAAACCCCGCGCGCAAAACGCCAAAAAAGCGACGUUAGAAAAAUCUCUGUUCCUCCACACAGAUAUUCAUCAUUAAAGGAGCAUUGGAUGAAGAUUUUUAGUCCUGUUGUAGAACAUAUGAAACUUCAAAUACGUUUUAAUAUGAAGGCGAAACAAGUUGAACUUCGAAUUAGCCCUGAAACUCCAGAUAUAUCAAACCUACAAAAAGGUGCCGACUUUGUCAAAGCAUUUCUCUGUGGAUUCGAAGUGGAUGACGCUUUGGCACUGCUGCGUUUAGAAGAUUUAUUCGUAGAAACAUUUGAAGUGAAAGAUGUGAAGACCCUACGUGGCGACCACCUAAGUCGGGCUAUAGGUCGAUUGGCUGGUAAAGGAGGACGAACAAAGUUCACUAUAGAAAACGUUACAAAAACCCGCAUUGUUCUGGCAGAUAGUAAAAUUCAUAUUUUGGGUAGCUAUCAAAAUAUACAAUUGGCGCGAAGGGCAAUAUGUAAUCUUAUCCUUGGAUCACCUCCCAGUAAAGUGUAUGGCAAUCUUCGUUCCGUGGCCAGUAGAUUGUCCGAGCGUAUGUAAGAUAUUUGCUAAUUUACAAUCCUUGAUGAAAACACUAAAAUUUAUUUACUCAUUUAUAACUUUGUGAAAAUAAGGAGAAUAAGCAUAAAUAAAGUUACAGCUGCCAACACCAUAAUAAUACA